AUGAUCCUAGGACAGGCACUGAAGAAGGUAGCAAUAGGAAUAGCUGCAAUGGCGUAUUUACACAGAGCUAAAGGAGAAAUAGAUAGUGAUGCACUAAAAGGAAGAGCUUAUUGGCAUAAUAAAGUCUCCUGUAUGAAAAGGGAAGUUGCAAUUCGUCGUAAUUUUAUUAGUGAGGCAGGGUAUUUCGUACAGAAAGAAAUGCCAUCUGACAGUCUUAAGGCUAAUAUAGAUAUGGGAAGAAAAAAGCUAUCCAAAAUAGAAGAACACCUAGAAGACUCUAUUAAAAUUGCAGGACAUAUCGUAAAUAAUGUAUUGGAAAUGGAAUAUUUUAACAUUAGUGUCGGAUUUAACCAGGCGAGCAUUGAUGCGUUACAUAAUAAUUUAAAAGGUUUUUUUGCAUUAGCUCUUUCUCAAAAUUAUUUGCUAUGUAACGAAAUAAAAAAAUUCGAUUCGUAUAUGCUGGAAGUAAUGGGAGAAUUAAGCAGCAGGGGCGCAGUGAAGAACAGCAAUAAAAAAAUACAGGAGCUGACUUUGUUUAAGCUAGCAGAAAGCAAUAAGCCUUUGGCCAUAAAUAUACUGUAUCACACUUUUAUGUUGGAUAAAUUUAGUUCUAACACUAACAUAAAAAGGGUAGCAUAUUGCAUAAUUAAAGAGAUAACCGGCUACUUUCUCCUUUCGCAUUUAAAAGACUAUGAAAAUGCGGUAAUGGAUGAUAUUGAAAAAGACGAAGUAGACCUACUGGCAGUGCUUGAUAGAAAUCUACACCUACUAUUUAAAUCGCUCAGGAUCAAUGAAGACGUAAUGAGCAUCUACUUUAGCUUGCUGAAGGAAGACAUUUCUGAAGAAGAAAUAACUCAAUACAGAGAUAUAACGCCAGGGCAGAUCGUAAAAGUGAUAAUGGUAGAAUGUGCAAUGCAUGAAGACCGCAUAGACUACAAAAGAAACAAUACGUUCUGCAAUCUCGGUAAAAUAAUAGUAAGCAUAGGAAAGCCCAGUAACAAUGGAAGUAGUUGCGAAGACGUGAAAGCAGCAAGAGAAAAACAAGAUAAGAUACUUGAUGCGUUGAAUCUUCUGUGGAUUGAAAAUAAUGAAAUCUACACAGAGUCAUACAAGACAUGUGAUAUCUUUAUAGAAAAAAUGAAGGCGCUAAGAAAUGAAGUUGAUUUUUUCUGCAAGGAUAAUGACAUAAACAAUGCUGACUUUGAGUCCUUGCAGCAUCUUUUCAUGAGUGCUAGAUGGAUGUACAAAGUGAAUAUAGUUAAUCCACCGAUGGAAAGGAUUAUAAAUGACCGAAGAGUACUUAAAAUGGUAUACUUUGACACGUCCUACAUUCACCCCAUGCACUAUAUUUACCAGCGAUGCGAAGAUAUCAGCCAACAAUCUGAAUGCAUGAGAUAUUUUGCCAAAGUAGGCCCUAGCAUCGAUGAAAAACAGAUCCCUUUCAUGGAAGAAGACUCAAAUGGCAUUGCUACGCUUAGGCCGUACAAAAUAAGCAAAUUGGAUAACGAUUUAGUGCAAAUAGACAAAAUGAAAGAUUGCAUCAGAGCAACAUUUUUGAAAAAAAUUAAAAUCAUUAAAGGAGAGGACAGCAAAGAAUACUGCGAUAUGGCCAAUGCUUUUGAAAAGUAUUUGAACAAGUCACAGUAUGUGACUGAAGCUGAAAUAAUGCCCGAAGAGACAAGUGAGUCCAGAGUCAACGAAAGCAAUCCUCUGCAGGAUGACCGAAUGGAAGUUGAUGGUGAUUUUGAGCCAGUCAAAUAG